AUGUUGUCCCUCGUCCAGAUUGAAUCGUCGGCGUCGACGGGACAGCCUGGACGCACGGAACACGCAGCACACUCCACGAGCACGUCUGUUCAAAUGGCCAGCGCAUCUGGCACGCAUUAUUCAGCCUCGCCGUCCAUCCCUGCCCGGCCUGCGCGUGCCGUCGCCCGCCCCCGUCCGGCCAGUCCCCUCGCCGCCAACGACGACAAUGUCCUGCUGGAGCGCAAGCCGUCGACCAAGACGUUUGAUGCUGCCGACCUGGAGAGGAGCAGGCCCGUGACGCCAGUGGAGAACGACGACGAGAACAGCGGCACAAGCGGCGCCAACGUCCACCACGCCGACACAGCCAGCCACCACACGGGCCUGGGCAGCGAGCCGGGCGACGACGCAGAGAACGGCGUCGAAGUCCUGCAGAGCAUAUUUCUGCCCCGCAAAAACAUCUUCCGCAUGGCCACCGCGGCCCUCAACGCAUUCAACGACGGACUCAACGACAGCGCCGCCGGUGCGCUGCUGCCGUACAUUGAGCGGCACUACAACAUUGGCUACGGCGUCGUGUCGCUCAUCUUUGUGGCCUGCGCGUUCGGGUCCAUCAUCGCCGCGACGGUCGCCGACCCCAUGAAGCGGCGGCUCGGCCAGGCCCGCACGCUCUGCAUCGGCCAGCUCAUCAUGGCCGUCGGCUACGUCCCCCUGCUGACCACGGUGGCGCCCUUUGUGGCCGUUGUCGUUGGGUUUUUUGCCGUCGGCCUGGGCGAAGCCCUCAAUGUCGCCAUGGGCAACACCUACUGCGCGGGCAUCCAGCAGGGCACCUUGGCCCUGGGCAUCGUGCACGGCUCGUACGGCAUCGGCGGCAUCUCGGGCCCCCUCAUUGCGACGGCGAUGGCGGUGGCGACGGGCGCGGCCGAGGACCCGGACAGCAAGUCGGCCAUUGCGUUUGGGCGGUUCUACCUGGUACCGUUUGGCGUGUGCGUGCUGACGUCCGUGCUGUCGGCGUGGACGUUUGCGGGCUACGAACGGGACUGGGGCGAGGUGCGGGAGGCGACGCCGGACUCGUCCAGCUCCGAAGGUGCCGCAGAACGGCGGAGACGGUGGCUUGUGGGGCGGCAGCGGCAGGCAGCCUUGGACAACCUGCAGCAGCAGCAGGAGCAGGAGCAAGCCGGACAGGACAGGCCGGAACGGGCGGCGCGCCAGGUCCCGUGGGAUGCGAAAGGCAAGACAGCGAUGGCCGCAAUAGCGCCGCCUUCACCACCCCCAGCCAACAUCGAACUCACCGACUUUGCGUCCAAUGCCUCUGCCAUUCAGCGUCCCCAGCCCACGUCGACGCACGCCACGGCAGCACCGCCGCGAGUCAGAUCGCGGUCCACGUCGCCCGUGCGGGAGUUCGCAUCACCUCAACCGCCGCGGCCCAGUCUGUCGCCCAUCCAGUCGCAUCCCCAGACCAUCUCCCCCUUCUGUCCGUCGGCAUCGGCGUCCGUCGUUGCUACGCCCUCUCACUCGUUUGCUUCGUCAACAGCGCCCCUGUUCCCGGCGGGGCCGGCGGCGCCGUCGACGGCUGCGCCUACGACGACGCAAGAGCUUCCGCAGACGCCCACAACAAUGCGCCUCCGCACACAGCACGCCACCACGCGCCUCAAGGACAUGUUCACCGUCCCCUCGUCGCGCAUGGUUCUUCUGGGCGCGCUCUUCCUCUUCAUGUACCAGGGCGCCGAGGUCAGCGUCGCUGGCUGGGUCACGUCGUUUCUCAUUGCCAACCGCGGCGGCACCGAGCCCAAGGUGGGCUACAUCACCGCCGGUUUCUGGGCCGGCAUCACCGUCGGCCGUUUUGUGCUGGCCGUUCCGGCCCAGCGCAUCGGCCCCCGCCGCGCCGUGUACCUGCUGGUCGUCGGGUCCGCCGUUUUCGAGCUGCUCGUGUGGUUUGUGCCCAACGUCAUUGGCGACGCCGUCGCCGUCUCGGCCGUGGGCCUUCUUCUGGGCCCCGUCUACCCCUGCGCCGUCGGCCUGAUGAUGCGCAAUCUGAGCCGGCGCGAGCGCGUCGCGGGCAUCAGCGUCAUGGGUGCGUUUGGCAGUGCGGGCGGCGCGGCGGCACCGUUUAUUACCGGUGUCCUGGCGCAGGCCGUGGGCACCUUUGUGCUGCACCCGAUAGUCAUCUGCCUAUUUACAGCCAUGCUGGUGUUUUGGUACUUGGUGCCGGAUCUCUCCAAGCAGAAGGACUAG